GACAUUUUCAGCCAGCGUGAACGAUGGCACGAGACGACGUUUGGCUCUCAGCCUCACACGCGACGAGAUGUCAGGUGCGGUCAGGUACUCACGUGACGUCAGAUGCGGUCACGCACUGUUGCACUCACGCUGUUGGACGUCGACGAGAAAAUACGACGUACAUAGUUUAUGAGUCAACCCAAAUUGAUUUUGGGUUUCCGGAUUAUCCGAAACAUACCCGAUUUUAUAAACCAGUCAAAAUCCUAAAAUUUUUUGAUCAAAUUUUGGGGUCGUGUCCAUCCACGCCUCAAGGUUGUAAUUGGACGAUCCAAAUCAGGCGAGAUAAGAAGGGGAAUACUUUAAACGCUAAACCUCGCAGGAGUUUCGGUCCUACUCGGGCUAUCUGCUACAGUGCUACCUGCACCGCUCGGUCGCUCCGAUCUAAUCCUCCGAUCGCUCUGUUAUCUGUGAGCUCUCUCGAGAUCCUAUUGUUCGAUUCUAUGUCUACCCUUGCACUCCCACCCUUCUGCACCUUUAAAGGUGGCAUAAAGAGCCCUUCAUCACUCGCUUCUUUGAAGAACAUCUCUAAAUCAUUUGGUCUGAAGUCCUCGUGCUGCUUCCGCACUGCUGCAAUGGCUGUAUACAAGAUCAAGCUCAUCACUCCAGAAGGUGAGGAAACAGAGUUUGAAGCUCCAGAUAGUGCCUACAUCCUGGACUCUGCAGAGACGGUGGCCAAUAUUGAGCUUCCAUAUUCAUGUCGUGCCGGCGCCUGCUCCUCCUGUGCAGGCCAAAUUGUCUCAGGCUCUGUUGAUCAAUCAGAUGGAUCCUUCCUUGAUGAUUCACAGAUGGAGAAAGGAUACGUCCUGACCUGCGUUGCCUACCCCACUUCUGACUGCGUUAUCCAAACCCACAAGGAAUCAGAGCUUUAUUAGCUAGCUUUUUUGUGCGUUUGAUCCUGCUUUGAAGUGUUAAAUUGCUAUUAACUUUUGGGUUUAAUUUCUUAUAAAACACUUGGAAUAUGUUGAAAAAUAUGAUACUGUGAAUGGCUCUUUCUGGAAGCAGGAUAAUGAUGGGAAAAAUAUGUGAUUCACAUUGCUUGAUCU